AUGGUCGAGGAGAUCACGUCGGUGUUCGGAGAUUGGCUGCCGGCUCUAUCGGCCCAGCAGAACGGGGACCCCAAUGCAGUCAAGGCAGCGGUGGAGCGCAAGGUGAUGAAUCCGAGCAAGCAGUUCGUGUUCCAAAGAUGGAAUCCCAAGGAGCAAAAACUAGAGCAAGAUCCCGACCGCAGCGCUCUCAGCGUGGAACAGAUCCAGCAGCUCCUUCAAGAAUUGGGAACGUGCUGCAAAGACAGCAUCAUAACCAAGUUCAACUCGGUGCGCAAGAUGAAGAAGGAGCCAGAGGAAAACGAGAAAGCAGUCUUCGUCGUCGAAAUCGCCCUGAGAUCUCCAGAGGCACACCGCGCGCAGGAGCUGCUGACCCAGCUAGCCAAUUGCACGGUGUGGAACCUAGUGCAGCGCAAAUGCGCCCACCGUCCCUGA